AUGUCGGGGCGACGCGACUUUCUCAACCAGCCAGCGCCUGAAAACUAUGUCGCUGGUCUUGGACGAGGCGCAACAGGUUUCACGACACGUUCAGAUCUUGGUCCUGCUCGAGAUGGACCUAGCGAAGAUCAAAUAAAGGAGGCUCUGGCUAAGCGUGCCGCUCAGCUUGGUCUCGCGCCAGACGGCAAGGGCAAGGGGAAGGAGAAGGAAGAAGAAGAAGGAGGGGGGGGAGGCGACGAAGAACGAUACCAGGAUCCCGAUAACGAAGUCGGACUCUUUGCUGGCGGCGUCUACGACAAGGAUGACGAGGAGGCUGAUAAAAUUUGGGAAUGGGUGGAUGAGAGAAUGGAUCGAAGAAAAAAGCAGCGAGAAGCGCGAGAGCAGGCCGAGAAGGACGAGUACGAACGAAACAACCCCAAAAUUCAACAACAGUUUUCCGAUUUGAAACGCGCUCUAGCGACCGUCACGGACGAUGAAUGGGCGAACCUACCCGAAGUCGGCGACUUGACAGGAAAGAACCGACGCAGCAAGCAAGCGCUACGACAACGAUUCUAUGCUGUCCCUGACAGCGUUCUUGCAGCUGCGCGCGACUCGGGCGAGCUAGGAACAACUGUUAUGGACGAGGGCGCAGAAUCAAGUGCUGGUGGUGAAAGCGCAGAUGGAACAAUGACCAACUUUGCCAAGAUCGGAGCGGCGCGCGACAAGGUGCUCAAGUCCAGGCUGGAACAGGCUGGUAGCGAUUCCGUCGCGCCAGGAACUUCAACCAGUAUCGACCCUCAAGGCUAUCUUACGAGUCUCAACAAGCUGGAGAUGAACGGGGCACAAGCUCAGGUUGGAGAUAUCCACCGUGUGCGAGAGCUUUUGCAAUCGGUUGUCAAAACAAAUCCCACUAAUGCUCUGGGUUGGAUCGCAGCAGCGCGACUUGAGGAAUUGGCGGGUAAGAGUGUCACGGCACGGAAGACGAUCGAUAAGGGCUGCACACAGUGCCCCAAGAGCGAGGACGUAUGGCUAGAGAAUAUCCGACUCAACAACGACUCCCCCAAUGCCAAAAUUAUUGCACGAAGGGCUAUUGAAGCCAACAACAGCUCAGUCAGGCUAUGGGUAGAGGCUAUGACGCUGGAGACAAUUCCUAGCAACAAGAAGCGAGUUAUUCGACAAGCGCUCGAUCACAUCCCUGAGUCAGAAGCCUUGUGGAAGGAGGCUGUGAAUUUAGAGGAGAGCCCUGACGAUGCGAAGCUUCUCCUGGCCAAGGCGACGGAGCUUAUUCCCCUAUCUGUUGAUCUUUGGCUUGCACUGGCACGUCUAGAAACGCCCGAGAACGCUCAAAAGGUCCUCAACAAAGCCCGAAAGGCCUGUCCAACCUCAUACGAGAUCUGGAUUGCAGCCGCACGAUUACAGGAGCAGCUUGGACAGGGUACCAAGGUCAACGUUAUCAAGCGUGGUGUCCAAGUUUUAGCGAAGGAGUCUGCCAUGCCCAAGCGCGAAGAGUGGAUCGCCGAGGCUGAGAGCUGUGAAGAGGAGGGCGCUAUUAUCACUUGUCAGAACAUCAUUAGGGAGACACUCGGCUGGAGCCUGGAUGAGGAUGACGAUCGUAAAGACACAUGGAUGGAGGAUGCAAGGGCCAGUAUCAACCGAGGCAAAUACGAGACAGCCAGGGCCAUCUAUGCCUAUGCAUUAAGGAUAUUCGUCAACAGCAAAACGAUGUGGAUGGCAGCAGCAGACUUGGAAAGGAACCAUGGCAACAGGGAGUCGCUCUGGCAGGUCCUGGAGAAGGCUGUUGAGGCAUGCCCCAAGAGCGAGGAUCUAUGGAUGAUGUUGGCCAAGGAGAAGUGGCAGGCUGGAGAGGUGGACAACGCUCGUCUCGUUCUGAAGCGUGCUUUCAACCAAAACCCCAACAAUGAAGACAUCUGGCUUUCGGCUGUCAAGCUUGAGUCGGAGAACGGCAAUGGGGAGCAGGCACGGAAGCUUCUGGAGAUUGCCCGCGAGAAGGCACCCACAGAUCGUGUAUGGAUGAAGAGUAUUGUUUUUGAACGAGUGCUGGGCAAUGUUGAGGCCGCGCUUGACCUCGUCCUUCAGGCUCUUCAAUUGUUUCCUGCGGCCCCUAAGCUUUGGAUGCUCAAAGGUCAGAUUUACGAGGAUCUGGGCAAGACUGGCCAGGCCAGAGAAGCCUUUGCUACUGGUGUCAAGGCGGUACCCAAGUCUGUACCCUUGUGGCUUCUAUAUGCUAAGCUUGAGGAGCAGGCUGGACUUACUGUCAAGGCUCGAUCAGUGCUUGACCGUGCUCGGUUGGCUGUACCAAAGAAUGCGCAGUUGUGGUGUGAGUCCGUACGACUUGAGCGACGCGCAGGCAACUUAGCUCAAGCCAAAUCGAUGAUGGCCAAAGCUCAGCAAGAAGUCCCCAAAAGCGGCCUACUCUGGGCAGAGCAGAUCUGGCAUCUGGAGCCCAGGACACAACGCAAAGCCCGCAGUCUCGAGGCCAUCAAGAAGGUUGAGAGCGACCCAAUUCUGUUCGUUGCGGUGGCUCGCAUCUUCUGGGCUGAUCGAAGGCUGGAGAAGGCACAAAACUGGUUCGAGAACAAGGCUCUCGUGCUGGACAGUGAUUUGGGGGACACGUGGGCCUGGUACUACAAGUUCCUCUGCCAGCAUGGCACGGAGGAGAAGCGGGCGGAUGUGGUUACCAAGUGCGUUCUGAACGAACCUCGACAUGGUGAGGUCUGGCAGGCGAUCGCCAAGAAGCCAACAAACGCAAGGAAGAGCUGCGAGGAGAUAUUGAAGCUGGUUGCUGAAGAGUUGGAUCAUUAG